AUGGCAGCUAUUCCAUCUCUAUGGUCUUCGUUCAUGGGAGAUUCCUUAGUUUUCAUGGUUGUCUAUGUUUGGGGCAGCAUGUUCCCCAACGAGCCUGUCCAUAUACCUCGAUUUGGGGAAGUAAAGGGUCUCUAUAUUCCUUGGUGUGUGCUUGGACUAGAUUACCUUCUAGGAAACCCUGUGACGCCAGACAUCUUGGGGAUCAUUGUGGGACAUGUGUAUUACUUCUUUGCUGUUCUUCAUCCUCUUGCUGGUGGCAAAAACAUCUUCACGGCUCCACUUCAGAUCCAACUCCUUUGUUGUUUAUCAUUGCUAGUCGUCGCCAUAUGUGUUGCGCACACAUACCCUGCUGAAAUUUACGAAAAAUAUGGUCGCAGAUUGUGUGGUAUUCAAUGUCCAAGUAAUAGGCCACAUAUGAAGCUCUCUAUGUCCCUUCUACUAAUCACAGCUCCCUUGCAGUGGCUGUUGCUGCUCAUUUUUUUAGAUGUUCCAUAA